GACACGGAUACGUUACAAAAAGAUUAUCUGGUCUCCUACUAAUCACGGAAAUUUCAAUUUAUUUUUCUCCGCCAAACUUUCGCCCAGAAAAUCAAAUCCAUGUCUUCUUCCCUUUCUCACCUCCUCCUCCUUCUCUUCCUUCAUUACACUCAAAGUUUAUUAUUCCCUCUCUUCAUGAUUAAAAACCCCUAAUCAUUCCAAACCCUAGAAACCCAAAAGUAUAAAAUGUCAAAAAUCCUCAAUUUUUUAAUUUGAAAUUCAUUUUUGAAAUAUCAAGAAAUGGCUACAGCAGCAUUCAAAUCAACAUCAAAGAGAUCUUCAAUAAAUUCUUCAUCAUCAACAAAAGAUGCUGAAUCAGAUAAUCGACAUCGUCGUUCUAGAAGUCUAAGUCGAUUUUCUGGUCGUUAUAAUAAUGAAAUAGAAAAUGAAUUUCUUGUUCCUAAGAAAAACCCUAAAUUUGUCAAUACAGAAAGAGGAUCAGCUGGGUUUCCUGAAAUUAGUCUUGAUGAUUUAGUUUCCGAGUUUUUUCCUUCUGAAAACAACCAUGAUAGAGGUAGGUCAUCACUUCGUAGUUCUGGUAAUAGUAGUAUUAGUAAUUCUAUGUCUGGAGAUGUUAUAACUAGGCGAGGAAGAUCUGUUUCUAGGCAACGAGGUCAAGCAAGUGUUCAAGAUAGUAAUUUGGGUGGUGGUUCUGGAAUUAGUAAUUCUAGAAGAGGAAGGUCUGUUUCUAGACAACAUGGUACAGUAGGUGAUGUAAAGGUUAUUCAGGAGAAUAGCUUCGGGAGUAAGGGGGUUGAUAAUUCCAGGAGGAGGCGUUCUGCGUCCGUCGCCAAGUAUCAAUUUAGCGAUUCUGAGAGUGAUAAAUCUAUCAACUCCAAGAAUACUGCCAACUUCAAAAGUUCUAGAAUCGUGAACGAUCAGAGAUCUUUGAUCCAUAUGCCAACUGCUAAGACCAGUCGACGUGUUUUAAGGAGGUCGCUGAGUCAAAUAGAUUUAUCAAGAUCACAUGAUGGUUACUCAAGCCAGUCUUCAGCUAUAACUGAUGAUGAGUCACCGGAUGCUCGUUCCAGCAGAAAUGGGACGGAGAGGACAAUACGAGCAGUAUAUGCACAGAAAAAGGUUGAUCAUCCUGUUGGGGAUGGAGGAGAGACUGGUCUGUAUGAUGUCAUGCGUAAAGAGCUUAGAUCUGCUGUUCAAGAAAUAAGAACGGAGCUUGAAGAAGUCAUGGUUAAAACAAAGCCGUCUGAUUCAACCCACAAUGAUAACUUGCAAUUAAAUAACGCUAAUGUUCUUCAGGCUGUUUCCGUGAUCAGAGAUAGUUAUGCUACAAGGCUGGAACAGUCGGAGAAGCGUAAACAUGAUCUUUUAGCUGAAAUAGUGGUUGAAGAGCAACGUGGGAGGGAGCUCUCUAAGAUUGUUAAAGACUUGCUUCCUGAUGCAAACAAUGCCGUUGCGCAGAAGCCAGCACGUGUUAGAAAGAGGAGCAACGAUAGAAGUAGGAUGUCUAAAUGCUUGACUGAAGAGGCAGAGAAAUACUUCGAGGGGUUCAUUUCAAAUGUUGAAGACACUGAUAUAUCUUCACUGGAUGGAGAAAGAAGUGAUGCAAGUUCUAAGAUUGGUGGAAGGGCAAAUUUAAAGGACUGUACAGUGCAUUUUGAGGCAGAAAACCGUGUACUUCCAGCGAAAUUGACUUCUCUUCCUAAGGAUGAAAUGGAUGGAGUUGUUCUGCCUUGGUUGGAAUGGGAGACCACCAGUGAUGUUUCUCCUGUAGUAUGCAAGAGUACGUCAAAAGCGUCAUUGACGCCAGGAAAUAACGUACAUGAUACCGCUCAGGAACUUGUUCAAGGGAUGAGCACUGGAUUCAACAAAACCAAUUGUUUUAUUAGCAGCCGAGGUAGUUGGAGCCCUGGAGGUGACAGCCUUUCUGAUCUUUCUAAAGACUUAGCAAACAUUAUGAACGGAGAAGUGGAUAGCAAACCGAAGGAACCAUGGUUUGACAUGGAUGAGUACCUCCACCUCCAACGUGAAGAAUCACGUAUCUUUGAGAAUUGGAGGCAACGUGGGAGAAUAAGCUCAGGUGGGUUGUUACUGUGUAAUAGCAAAUAUUUCUAGUUCAUAGUUCUAAUUCAUCAUGCAAAGGUGUUCCUUUACAUAGGCCUACUUGAAUUAUUGAUUCUCUGUAAAUGCGCAAAAUUCUAUCUUAAGUCAUCAAUUGGCUGGGUUUACACCUGCAUGAUAUGUCUCAAUUGAUCACUUCUUCUAGCAAUAGAUAAUUUAUGUUUAACAA